UUUAAAAUUAGUCAUUACAUUGAGUGCAAGCUGUUUUGACGUACUCCGUACAACGUUAUCUAAAUACUGCUAAUCAUUAAAAGAAUCUCUACCAUCAUGCCAAUGGGAUCUGAAGGUGUACUCACGAGCUUGGUGCUGCUUGGUCUCGUUGCAUUGUCCGUCUGCAGGACCUCGCCCUUUGACCCAGAAGAAGAGAUCAACGACUUCCAGGACGACCUGUCUAAAAGGUCAUUUCCGGGAGACGCCUCCCCAGACCCGCUCCUCCUCGCGCUGAGAGCGCAUGCGCAUUCACUGCGCCAGCUGGAGUCGGCCAUUUUAGAGCAGAAAAGAUCCUUGACCAGUGGUCAGUACAGCUCGUUUCCAUCUCGGCUCGAUGACGACACGGCGUAUCAAGGCAUGCAGCGAAGGGCGCUCUAUAGGCCCCUUGGGUACGCGCCCGCCGCUGUGAGGCUUCAGAACAGCUACUCCAGCACCGCCAGACCUGAAAAUAGAGAAAGAGUCCACGAGCCUUUCCGUAACGGUUAAAGUGGAUUGAGACGUUUAACAGCAACAACAGCAAAAAAAAAAAAACCAGCAACAACAACAGCAGCAGCAACAACAGCAACAACAUUAACAACAGCACAUCAUUUAGCUUAGUCAUUCAUUGGCAUUAUGACGGCAUGAGCACACGUCGAAGAGAAUCUGAAAAUCUAAAACAAAAAAAAAACAUUUAAAAAUUUAGGUUUGAAUGUAUUGUUUUUCUUACACAAUAUCGUCGUGGUUGUUAGAUUGACAUUUUUAAUUAAUUUAUUUUAAUUAGCCAAUUAAAUAAUCUCUUGUAAUCGCAUAAUGAUAAGAUUGUUGCAAAAAAUAAAACAAAUCU